AUGUCUCCUCUCUGUCUCUUCUCUCCCUCCUCUCCACCUCCUCUCUCACUCCUCUCUCCACCUCCUCUGCCUCCUCUCUGUCUCAUCUCUCCUUCCUCUCUGCCUCCUCUCCUCCUCCUCUCUCCUCCUCCUCUGCCUCCUCUCUCCCUCCUCUCCUCCUCCUCCGUCUCCUCUCUCCCUCCUUUCUGCCUCCUCUCUGCCUCCUCUCUUCCUCCUCCUCUCCACCUCCUCUGCCUCCCCUCUGUCUCCUCUCUCCCUCCUCUCUGCCUCCUCUCUACCUCCUCCUCUCCUCCUCCUCUCCCUCCUCUCUCCCUCCUCUCCUCCUCCUCCGUCUCCUCUCUCCCUCCUUUCUGCCUUCUCUCUGUCUCCUCUCUGCCUCCUCUCUUCCUCCUCCUCUCCACCUCCUCUGCCUCCUCUCUGUCUCCUCUCUGCCUCCUCUCUUCCUCCUCCUCUCCACCUCCUCUGCCUCCUCUCUGUCUCCUCUCUCCCUCCUUUCUGCCUCCUCUCUGUCUCCUCUCUGCCUCCUCUCUUCCUCCUCCUCUCCACCUCCUCUGUCUCCUCUCUGUCUCCUCUCUCCCUCCUCUCUUCCUCCUCUCUGCCUCCUCUCUGCCUCCUCUCUGCCUCCUCUCUGUCUCCUCUCUCCCUCCUUUCUGCCUCCUCUCUGUCUCCUCUCUGCCUCCUCUCUUCCUCCUCCUCUCCACCUCCUCUGCCUCCCCUCUGUAUCCUCUCUGCCUCCUCUCUUCCUCCUCCUCUCCACCUCCUCUGCCUCCCCUCUGUAUCCUCUCUCCCUCCUCUCUGCCUCCUCUCUCCCUCCUCCUCUCCCUCCUCUCUCCCUCCUCUCCUCCUCCUCCGUCUCCUCUCUGUCUCCUCUCUGCCUCCUCUUCCUCCUCCUCUCCACCUCCUCUGCCUCCUCUCUCCCUCCUCUCCACCUCCUCUGCCUCCUCUCUGUCUCCUCUCUCCCUCCUCUCUCCCUCCUCUCUGCCUCCUCUCUCCCUCCUCUCUGCCUCCUCUCUCCCUCCUCUUUGCCUCCUCUCUCCCUCCUCUCUGCCUCCUCUCUUCCUCCUCUAUGUCUCCUCUCUCCCUCCUCUCUCCCUCCUCUCUGCCUCCUCUCUCCCUCCUCUCUGCCUCCUCUCUGGCUCCUCUCUGCCUCCUCUCUCCCUCCUCUCUCCCUCCUCUCUCCCUCCUCUCUGCCUCCUCUCUCCCUCCUCUCUCCCUCCUCUCUGUCUCCUCUCUCCCUCCUCUCUCCCUCCUCUCUCCCCCCUCUCUCCCUCCUCUCUGCCUCCUCUCUCCCUCCUCUCUGCCUCCUCUCUGCCUCCUCUCUGCCUCCUCUCUUCCUCCUCUCUCCCUCCUCUCUUCCUCCUCCUCUCCACCUCCUCUGCCUCCCCUCUGUAUCCUCUCUCCCUCCUCUCUGCCUCCUCUCUCCCUCCUCCUCCCCCUCCUCUCUCCCUCCUCUCCUCCUCCUCCGUCUCCUCUCUGUCUCCUCUCUGCCUCCUCUUCCUCCUCCUCUCCACCUCCUCUGCCUCCUCUCUCCCUCCUCUCCACCUCCUCUGCCUCCUCUCUGUCUCCUCUCUCCCUCCUCUCUCCCUCCUCUCUGCCUCCUCUCUCCCUCCUCUCUGCCUCCUCUCUCCCUCCUCUUUGCCUCCUCUCUCCCUCCUCUCUUCCUCCUCUAUGUCUCCUCUCUCCCUCCUCUCUCCCUCCUCUCUGCCUCCUCUCUGCCUCCUCUCUGCCUCCUCUCUCCCUCCUCUCUCCCUCCUCUCUGCCUUAUCUCUCCCUCCUCUCUCCCUCCUCUCUGCCUCCUCUCUCCCUCCUCUCUGUCUCCUCUCUCCCUCCUCUCUCCCUCCUCUCUCCCUCCUCUCUGCCUCCUCUCUCCCUCCUCUCUGCCUCCUCUCUGCCUCCUCUCUCCCUCCUCUCUGUCUCCUCUCUCCCUCCUCUCUCCCUCCUCUCUCCCUCCUCUCUCCCCCCUCUCUCCCUCCUCUCUGCCUCCUCUCUCCCUCCUCUCUGCCUCCUCUCUGCCUCCUCUCUGCCUCCUCUCUCCCUCCUCUCUCCCUCCUCUCUGCCUCCUCUCUCCCUCCUCUCUGCCUCCUCUCUCCCUCCUCUCUGCCUCCUCUCUGCCUCCUCUCUGUCUCCUCUCUCCCUCCUCUCUCCCUCCUCUCUCCCUCCUCUCUGCCUCCUCUCUGCCUCCUCUCUGCCUCCUCUUUCCCUCCUCUCUGUCUCCUCUCUCCCUCCUCUCUGCCUCCUCUCUCCCUCCUCUUCUGCCUCCUCUCUGCCUCCUCUCUUCCUCCUCCUCUCCACCUCCUCUCCCUCCUCUCAGCCUCCACUCUCCCUCCUCCUCUCCACCUCUUCUCUCCCUUCCUCUCUCCCUCCUCUAUGUCUCCUCUCUGUCUCUUCUCUCCCUCCUCUCCUCCUCUCUCCCUCCUCUCUCCACCUCCUCUGCCUCCUCUCUGUCUCAUCUCUCCCUCCUCUCUGCCUCCUCUCCUCCUCCUCUCUCCUCCUCCUCUGCCUCCUCUCCCUUCUCUCUCCCUCGUCUCCUCCUCCUCCGUCUCCUCUCUCCCUCCUUUCUGCCUCCUCUCUGCCUCCUCUCUUCCUCCUCCUCUGCCUCUCCUCUGUCUCCUCUCUCCCCCCUCUCUGCCUCCUCUCUCCCUCCUCUCUGUCUCCUCUCUCCCUCCUCUCUCCCUCCUCUCUCCCUCCUCUCUCCCCCCUCUCUCCCUCCUCUCUGCCUCCUCUCUCCCUCCUCUCUGCCUCCUCUCUGCCUCCUCUCUGCCUCCUCUCUCCCUCCUCUCUCCCUCCUCUCUGCCUCCUCUCUCCCUCCUCUCUGCCUCCUCUCUGCCUCCUCUCUGCCUCCUCUCUGUCUCCUCUCUCCCUCCUCUCUCCCUCCUCUCUCCCUCCUCUCUGCCUCCUCUCUGCCUCCUCUCUGCCUCCUCUCUCCCUCCUCUCUGUCUCCUCUCUCUCCUCCUCUCUGCCUCCUCUCUCCCUCCUCUUCUGCCUCCUCUCUGCCUCCUCUCUUCUUCUUCCUCUCCACCUCCUCUCCCUCCUCUCUGCCUCCACUCUCCCUCCUCCUCUCCACCUCUUCUCUCCCUUCCUCUCUUCCUCCUCUAUGUCUCCUCUCUGUCUCUUCUCUCCCUCCUCUCCACCUCCUCUCUCCCUCCUCUCUCCACCUCCUCUGCCUCCUCUCUGCCUCCUCUCCUCCUCCUCUCUCCUCCUCCUCUGCCUCCUCUCCCUUCUCUCUCCCUCCUCUCCUCCUCCUCCGUCUCCUCUCUCCCUCCUUUCUGCCUCCUCUCUGCCUCCUCUCUUCCUCCUCCUCUCCACCUCCUCUGCCUCUCCUCUGUCUCCUCUCUCCCUCCUCUCUGCCUCCUCUCUCCCUCCUCCUCUCCUCCUCCUCUCCCUCCUCUCCUCCUCCUCCGUCUCCUCUCUCACUCCUUUCUGCCUCCUCUCUGCCUCCUCUCUUCCUCCUCCUCUCCACCUCCUAUGCCUCUUCUCUGUCUCCUCUCUCCCUCCUUUCUGCCUCCUCUCUGUCUCCUCUCUGCCUCCUCUCUUCCUCCUCCUCUCCACCUCCUCUCUUCCUCCUCUAUGUCUCCUCUCUCCCUCCUCUCUGCCUCCUCUCUCCCUCCUCUCUACCUCCUCUCUGCCUCCUCUCUGCCUCCUCUCUCCCUCCUCUCUGUCUCCUCUCUGCCUCCUCUCUCCCUCCUCUCUGCCUCCUCUCUGCCUCCUCUCUCCCUCCUCUCUGCCUCCUCUCUGCCUCCUCUCUCCCUCCUCUAUCCCUCCUCUCUGCCUCCUCUCUCCCUCCUCUCUGCCUCCUCUCUGCCUCCUCUCUCCCUCCUCUAUCCCUCCUCUCUGUCUCCUCUCUCCCUCCUCUCUCCCUCCUCUCUCCCCCCUCUCUCCCUCCUCUCUGCCUCCUCUCUCCCUCCUCUCUGCCUCCUCUCUCCCUCCUCUCUGCCUCCUCUCUCCCUCCUCCCUGCCUCCUCUCUCCCUCCUCUCUCCCUCCUCUCUGCCUCCUCUCUCCCUCCUCUCUGCCUCCUCUCUCCCUCCUCUCUGCCUCCUCUCUCCCUCCUCUCUGUCUCCUCUCUCCCUCCUCUCUGCCUCCUCUCUGCCUCCUCUCUGCCUCCUCUCUCCCUCCUCUCUGUCUCCUCUCUCCCUCCUCUCUCCCUCCUCUCUGCCUCCUCUCUCCCUCCUCUUUGCCUCCUCUCUCCCUCCUCUCUGUCUCCUCUCUCCCUCCUCUCUGCCUCCUCUCUCCCUCCUCUCUGCCUCCUCUCUCCCUCCUCUCUGCCUCCUCUCUCCCUCCUCUCUGUCUCCUCUCUCCCUCCUCUCUGCCUCCUCUCUCCCUCCUCUCUGCCUCCUCUCUGCCUCCUCUCUCCCUCCUCUCUGUCUCCUCUCUCCCCCUCCUCUCUCCCUCCUCUCUGCCUCCUCUCUCCCUCCUCUUUGCCUCCUCUCUCCCUCCUCUCUGCCUCCUCUCUCCCCCCUCUCUGCCUCCUCUCUCCCUCCUCUUUGCCUCCUCUCUCCCUCCUCUCUGACUCCUCUCUGCCUCCUCUCUCCCUCCUCUCUGCCUCCUCUCUCCCUCCUCUCUGCCUCCUCUCUCCCUCCUCUCUGCCUCCUCUCUCCCUCCUCUCUGCCUCCUCUCUGCCUCCUCUCUCCCUCCUCUCUGCCUCCUCUCUGUCUCCUCUCUGCCUCCUCUCUACCUCCUCUCUCCCUCCUCUCUGCCUCCUCUCUCCCUCCUCUCUCCCUCCUCUCUGCCUCCUCUCUCCCUCCUCUCCGUCUCCUCUCUCCCUCCUCCUCUCCACCUCCUCUGCCUCCUCUCUGUCUCCUCUCUCCCUCCUUUCUGCCUCCUCUCUGCCUCCUCUCUUCCUCCUCCUCUCCACCUCCUCUGUCUUCUCUCUCCCUCCUCUCUUCCUCCUCUCUCCCUCCUCUCUGCCUCCUCUCUCCCUCCUCUCUGACUCCUCUCUGCCUCCUCUCUUCCUCCUCCUCUCCACCUCCUCUGUCUCCUCUCUCCCUCCUUUCUUCCUCCUCUCUCCCUCUUCUCUGCCUCCUCUCUCCCUCCUCUAUGUCUCCUCUCUCCCUCCUUUCUGCCUCCUCUCUGUCUCCUCUCUGCCUCCUCUCUUCCUCCUCCUCUCCACCUCCUCUCCCUCCUCUCUGCCUCCUCUCUGCCUCCUCUCUGCCUCCUCUCUGUCUCCUCUCUACCUCCUCUCUCCCUCCUCUCUGCCUCCUCUCUCCCUCCUCUCUCCCUCCUCUCUGCCUCCUCUCUCCCUCCUCUCUGUCUCCUCUCUCCCUCCUCCUCUCCACCUCCUCUGCCUCCUCUCUGUCUCCUCUCUCCCUCCUUUCUGCCUCCUCUCUGCCUCCUCUCUUCCUCCUCCUCUCCACCUCCUCUGUCUUCUCUCUCCCUCCUCUCUUCCUCCUCUCUCCCUCCUCUCUCCCUCCUCUCUGCCUCCUCUCUCCCUCCUCUCUGUCUCCUCUCUGCCUCCUCUCUUCCUCCUCCUCUCCACCUCCUCUGUCUCCUCUCUCCCUCCUCUCUUCCUCCUCUCUCCCUCUUCUCUGCCUCCUCUCUCCCUCCUCUAUGUCUCCUCUCUCCCUCCUUUCUGCCUCCUCUCUGUCUCCUCUCUGCCUCCUCUCUUCCUCCUCCUCUCCACCUCCUCUGCCUCCCCUCUGUAUCCUCUCUCCCUCCUCUCUGCCUCCUCUCUCCCUCCUCUCCUCCUCCUCCGUCUCCUCUCUGUCUCCUCUCUGCCUCCUCUCUUCCUCCUCCUCUCCACCUCCUCUGCCUCCUCUCUGUCUCCUCUCUCCCUCCUCUCUCCCUCCUCUCUCCCUCCUCUUUGCCUCCUCUCUCCCUCCUCUUUGCCUCCUCUCUCCCUCCUCUCUCCGUCCUCUUUGCCUCCUCUCUGCCUCCUCUCGCCCUCCUCUUUUCCUCCUCUCUCCCUCCUCUCUCCUCUACACCUCCUCUCUCCUCCUCUACACCUCCUCUCUCCCUCCUCUCUCCCCCCCUCUGCUCCUCUCUCCUCCUCUACACCUCCUCUCUCCCUCCUCUCUCCCCCCCUCUGCUCCUCUCUCCUCCUCUCUCUCCUCUCUCCCUCCUCUCUCCCCCCCUCUGCUCCUCUCUCCUCCUCUCUCCCUCCUCUCUCCCUCCUCUCUACCUGA